GAUUAUUUCUUGCUGGCAAGUAGCAAAAUGGGUCGUUUGAUCAGCUUGUAUUGGUUAUGUGUAAUUUUCUGUGUUUGUUUAGUGCCUGUUGCUCUAAAACAAACCCCAACAAGGAAUAGUGAAACAGCUGAGAGCGGUGUUAACGUGACGAAGUCUUCAUCUGAAGAAUCUAGAGCAGUCGUGGGAAAUCUGACAACAGUGUCCAUUGAUGAUGGCCAAAUUUUCCCGAAAAUCUGUGGACGUCAGAAGGCAGUUAUUCCGAGGGGGAGGAUAAUUGGAGGGAAGAAAGCUUCCUUAGGUGAAUAUCCCUGGAUGGCCCGUCUCAUGCACAAAGACAAACACGGUCAUAAAUCCUUUGGAUGCUCAGGAUUCUUGGUACACUCCAAGUUCGUCAUCACUGCAGGACACUGUACACAUCCCCAUCACACUCAAAGAAGAGGACCGCUAUUUUCAGUUGUGUUGGGAGAACAUAAUAUUGAAACAAAGACAGACUGCACCCCUGGAGGAACAUUCUGUGCUGACCCGAUACAGACUAGGAAAAUUGCCAAAGUUAUUACACACCCAGACUACAACCCAGAGAAUACUGCCCAACACAAUGAUAUCGCUAUCAUCCACUUAAAGAAAAGGGCUAUUUUCUCAGAUUUCGUUCAACCUAUUUGUAUGCCAAAAAACGAUAGUCAAAUUCCAGCAAGAUAUUUUCUUAGUGGAUGGGGCAAAACUGAGAAUGAGCCCAUCAGCAAGAUAAAGAUGAAAGUGGACAUCGGCACGUUCGAUAGGGACGAAUGCGUACAGAAAUACUCCUUCCUAAGCAUAGACCUCAAAGACACCCAGAUCUGUGCUGGGGGUGAAAAACAGAAGGACGCUUGCACAGGAGACUCAGGAGGCCCGUUGAUGAUGUCCAGCGAUAACGGGACUUGGUAUGCCUCAGGUAUCGUGAGCUACGGCAUAGGCUGCGGGAUGAAGGGAUGGCCAGGGGUGUACACAAACUUGGUAAAGUUCUUGCCUUGGAUCAAGACCCAGAUAACUGUCAACAGCAUGCUGUCUGUGAGGAGCAAUUCCAAGAAGAAGGGCAAGAAGCGUCACAAGAAAAUAAAGGUGGUGAAGAUACAGACCAAGAAGAAUUAGUUUAGAGUUAGCUUACAGUUUGUUUUUAAAUAGCAAGUUUUGUAAAUUGUCAUAAACAUAGGAUACGUUAUUCGUUAUUAAAAUUAGAUCUAUCAAACAUA